AUGACGCGGUGCGCGUGUAAAGUGGCGUCGUGCUCGUCGAGGGUGACGACGACGACGACGCGGCGCGGCGCCGCGGUCGUCGCGCGCGGGAAGAAGAAGGGUUUCUUGUUCGGCGAGGUGGAAAACUUGAGUCGCGAGGGCGAGGGGACGAAGGGCGACGACGAGGACGCGAAGAGCGUUCGAUGGAGCGAACCGCUGGCGAUCGCGAAGUACCCGGCGAAGUGCCUGCGGGCGAAGAACGCGCCCGUGGAGACGUUCGAUAAAAAUUUGGAACGGUUGAGCAAGGCGAUGUUUAAGAUUAUGUACGAAACCGUCGGCUGCGGAUUGGCGGCGCCGCAGGUGGGUGUGAAUUAUCGAAUGAUGGUGUACAACGAGGCGGGAGAGCCAGGACAGGGGCGAGAAGUGGUGUUGUGUAACCCGGAAAUAGUGAAGUUUUCCAAGGAGAAGGAUUUGUUCGAGGAAGGGUGCUUGAGCUUUCCGAAGAUGUACGCCGACGUCGAGCGCCCGAUCGGCGUUCAAAUCGAAGCGCAAAACUUGAAGGGUAAAAAAUUCAAAAUGACCCUCGAAGGGUUCGAGGCGCGCGUGUUCCAGCACGAGUACGACCAUUUAGACGGCGUCUUGUACCACGACAGAAUGUCGCCCGAGGUCCGCGCGAGCGUGCAGAGCACGCUCGAUGGAUUCGUCGAGGCGUAUCCGGGCGAAGAUAGCGAAAAGGCGUUGUAG